AUGCAAGCCAUUCGCGUCUAUCCCGCGCCUCCCGAAACCACCCCCUAUUCGCCCUCCAAUCCCGCCCCAUCUACCGCUCUACAGUUAGACCACAAUGUGCCCAUCCCAAGGCCAUCCCAACUCGGGGAGCUUCUGGUCCGUGUCAAAGCCACAACCAUCAUUCGCGACAUGUUAAAGUGGCCCGAAACCUACGCGCAUGAAUACUCCAUCCCCGGCAACGAUCUCGCCGGAAUUGUGACCGAAGUCUUCUCGCCCGACAGCAAGUUCAAGCCAGGCGACAAGGUCUUCGGUAUGGUCCAUGUAGACCGUGCCGCAACAUGGGCCGAAUACACCGUCGUCAAAGAGGAUGAAGUCGUCCUGAUCCCGACCGCAUUCACUUUUGCUCAGGCAGCGGCGUUGCCACUCAGCGCCCAAACCGCCUAUGAGGCCUUAUUUGACCACGCCCGAAUCCCCAUUCCCACUGUGGAGGAGGUCAAGACCCGGUCUGUAUGUAGAAAAGCCCAACGGGUGCUGAUUACCGGGGCUGCGGGUGCAGUGGGAGUGUAUCUCAUUCAGCUUGCAGCAGCGGCGGGCGUAAAGGUAGUGGCCGCUACCAGUUCCAAUGCGCGCAAUGAGGAGUUUCUCCGGAGUCUUGGAGUGGAUGACGCAGUUGAGUACGGUAUGCUGGAACGUUAUCGAGGGGAGUUCGAUGUCAUUAUUGACGUCGUUGGCGGGGAGCUGUUGGAGAAGUGCUGGGAGUAUGUGACGGAGACGGGCCUGCUGGUUUCUGUGGAUUCUGGGAGCUUCAACUUUGUGCAAGAGCAUGAGAAGCGUGGCCUGUGCAGGACCGGUGUGCGUGCUUUAUUUUUUAUUGUGAAGGGCAGUACUGAAGCGUUACACUAUCUUGCUGAUCUGGUGGAGGUGGGAGCCGUCCGAUCUUUCGUGGUGGACGAUUACCCCCUUGCCAAGGCACCAGAGGCGUACGAUCUUGCGAACGGACGGUAUUUUGGACGUGGAAAAUUCAUCCUUUCCAUCUGA